GUCACUCUGUUGCUUACUCGCACACGUGUUGACGGCUUGAGCAUACAAUUUGUAAACACGCGCUGCACUAAGCGCAUAAAAAUGGGCGCAACUAAAAAUAUGGACUUGAUCGGCACAAUUGAAGACGAUGCCGAGGUGGAGAAUCUAUCUGAGGACUCAGACGCCGAAGUAGAAUAUCAACCGACGAAACUGCGACACAAAAAGGUUACCGAGUUUGAGAAGGGCUUCGAGUUUGUGUCUUCGGUUAAGGAGUACAAUCAAGACACCUGGGAUGAUCUGAUGAAGUACGUAAAGCGCAAGGCGCGCACAAAGACAGACGACAAAAUCGCUGCCCGUCUUCAGCAACGCGGAGGUGCCGAAGCUGUGGCCGCCGAGCAGAGCGAUGAGGAGAUUGCGCUUUCUGAUGAUGAACUACAACACGAUAAUCUGCGACUACGCGAGAAAAAGCUAAGCAAGAACAAGAAGAAGAAACAGAAUGGUGACGAUGAGGAGGAGGAGGAGGGCGAAAAGAUGCAAUUCGAUGACACUAUCGAGGCUAACGAGCUCAUCACGUCCUUUUACCAAAUGAAUCUAUCGCGUCCCCUCAUGCGCGCUAUCGGUGUGCUCGGCUACAUCUACCCAACACCCAUUCAGUCAUCGACAAUCCCCGUGGCUCUUCUCGGACGCGAUGUUUGCGGCUGUGCGGCGACGGGUACGGGAAAAACUGCAGCCUACAUGCUGCCCACAUUGGAGCGUCUGCUCUAUAGGCCACUUAACAACAAGGCCAUAACCAGAGUACUGGUGUUGGUGCCAACUCGUGAGCUGGGCGCCCAGGUUUAUCAGGUGACCAAGCAGCUUUGCCAGUUUACUUCAAUUGAUGUUGGUCUAGCAAUUGGUGGACUCGAUGUGAAGGCGCAGGAGUCUGUGCUGCGACAGAAUCCGGAUAUUGUUAUAGCGACACCGGGUCGUCUCAUCGAUCACAUCAAAAAUACGCCCAGCUUUACCUUGGACUCCAUUGAGGUACUCAUUUUGGAUGAAGCAGAUCGUAUGUUGGACGAGUAUUUUGCGGAGCAAAUGAAGGAGAUCAUCAACUCCUGCUGCAAGACUCGCCAGACGAUGCUCUUCUCAGCCACCAUGAGUGAACAGGUCAAGGACUUGGCUGCUGUCUCACUGGACAAGCCCGUCAAAGUGUUUGUGAACAACAAUCAACAGGUGGCCUACAAUUUGAGGCAGGAGUUCAUACGCAUUCGCGAGGACAAGGAAGGUGAUCGGGAACCCAUCUUGGCCAGUUUAAUUUGCCGCACCUUCCACGAUCAUUGCAUGGUCUUUGUCCAGACCAAAAAGCAGGCACAUCGUCUACAUAUUCUGUUAGGACUGCUGGGCGUUAGAGCUGGCGAAUUGCACGGCAACCUAACGCAGCAACAACGAUUGGAGUCGCUCAAGAAGUUUAAGGAGGAGCAGAUUGAUGUGUUGAUUGCCACCGAUGUGGCGGCACGUGGUCUCGACAUUGUGGGCGUAAAAACCGUCAUCAAUUUUGUAAUGCCCAUUACCACAGAACAUUAUAUCCAUCGUGUGGGUCGUACAGCUCGUGCGGGACGUGCGGGUAUCUCUGUAUCGCUGGCUGGUGAGAAGGAGCGCAAGAUUGUCAAGGACAUUAUUAAGAAUGCCGAGAGUAGCGUCAAGAAUCGCAUUAUACCGCCAGAGAUCAUUGAGAAGUAUCGCAAUAAGCUCACUGGUCUGGAGCCCGAGAUCCAAAACAUUCUCGACGAGGAGCAGGCAGAACGUCAGCUGGCCAAGACGGAGCAGCAGCUGUCGAAGACGGAACGCAAACUGCUGGGGCAACCCAAUGAAAGACGCACCUGGUUCCAGACCAAGCAACAGCGAGAGAAUGAAAAAGCUCGUCUUGCCUUAAACGAUGGUGAUGAGGCGGGCAAACCUGCAGGUGGCAAAGGCAAGACAGCUGGCAAGCGGAAGCGACCCGAAUAUGGUGGCGACGGCGAAGAUGGGCCGCCAGUUAAGGAGCUAGAGGCCAAGCGCAAGAAGAAGAAGGAGGAGCCAAGAAAGAAAACACCCGAGCAGCUGGCCAAGGAACGCGCCAUGAAGGAAGUGGAGAAGGUGUCGCUUGUGCGCGCCAAGAUGGCGAAGUUACGCAAGCGACCUGGUAAAUUGGGAGCAGCAACUGAAAAUACCAAAUAUUCAGGAGCCGGAGGCAAACCCAAACGGCGUGGAGGACAAUCCGCUUUCACUAACGAUUUGACUGAUGUCAGUCGCAGUGGAGCACUGCGUUUGAGAUCCGAAGCCAAUCGUCACAAAAAGAUGUCGAAGAUUUCGGCCAAAAAGAAGACGAGCAACGUUAAGCUGAUCAACAAGGCGGGCAAAAACAAAUUCAACAAGGGCAAAAACUUUGGUGGCCCUCGUUUUAACAAAAAGGGCAAAAACUAAUUAUUGCGGAGGCGCAUUCUUAAUUAAUAAAAUAUUGAAACAAGUUAUAAAUAUUUAAUAAAUAAGUGUACAUACAUCUUGGUGUAUU